AUGACAUGUGUGUUAGUUGACUUUGACUGUAGCACGGUUGUGUACGGUGGGUGGUCGCCGGCGGAGUUGCAUCAAUGUGCCCCGCAGGCGGAUGUACUUGUCAGCCGUCAGCCAGCAGUCGCCAUUGUAGAAACAAUCGCUGCCCGUCUGCGUCCUUCUAUGUUGUUCGCCCCGUUUGAAACCCUGCGCUGUUUUUGGAAUCCACUCCAGCAGGAGUUGCCAACAGCCGCGGAGGUGCUACGCUCCGGGGGUACAUGCUGUAUGCAAGUCUCAUGGAAUAACAGGAGCGCACGUCCGUCGGCGUCAACAGAUGAUAUGACGGAAAAGGGGAUAUGGUUUAGGUUUGUAUCUACUUUUCAACACAGAAAAUAUAGCUUUGAACGAUCACCAAAGCAGUUGGCAGUUUUUCUUAGUGUAUUACAAGUAAGUUUCCCACAUCUUUUGGUGCCUGUAGCAAAAGAACCUACACUUCAGGUGGCUCGAGCCCUAAUAAGCUUUAUUGAGAAUCACGCAGAAGAACUCUGUGCAUACCUCCCUCUGCUUUAUUUCUUCUAUGAAGUAGAUGAUAGAAGUGUUGUUAACUUCUUUAACCUUUUAGAAGAACUUGUACAUCGAAGACAAGUAAACGAAUGCAACCUGAACGAUGCUCUUAGACCUAGAGAAUCAUCAUGGUUUGGCUGGAAUGCACCAAAACCAAUAUCAGGGGAAAUUAAUCUAUCAGAUGAUAUUUCUUUUAUGGAUGCAAAUGCAGACCGACUACCUCAAACAUUGAAAACGAAAUUUUUGUUUGUUCGAGCAAGAAUGGAGGCAUUAAAGCGAGCACAAGAUGCCGCGGUAGCCCUUCGGGAAGCACUAAUAGAAGAUGUAGAAGCCUUUGAGUCUACUGUAGAGCUGCUUGGACGCUCACAGGGGAAACUUAUGCGGUAUGGUUGUGAGGGAUGGAGUACACCAUCUAAUUUGUCAACUUCUUCUAGAGGAAAUGGAGAAGAAGAAGAAGAAGAAGAAAGAAAAAAACAGCAGUAUCUUCAACAGAAUGAGGAUACACGACGUUAUGUUGUAGGAGAUACGGAUAUACAAAUAGUAAAAGAGGCUAUCAUAGAAUUUAUGAAUGUUGCGAGUGUAUUACGAGGGCAAGUAUUUGGGCCUAUUCUCACUGCACUGGUAGAUUCUGUGCGGACAUCUGAGGUAACAGCAGAUGCGCAAUAUAGAUAUUUAAGGUCUGUACUCAGUUGUGCCAGAAUCGUUAUAUACAAUGAACCAUUUAUUACGGGAGCAAAGGAUAUUCCCAGGAGUUCUCAGGUAGCACAGAAUCGUUUAUUACUUCGUCAGGUGAGUGAACAUCAUGGAAAAAUGCGUCAAUUACUAAGAGCAUUUAAAUUACAUAUAGAUGAUGAAUUACGCAUAUCGGAACGAGUAAUGCAUAAAUCUCUUCUUUCUUGUUGUACGCAUUGUUUUCAGGCUUUUACUACUUUCUACGAUGCCUUUGAAGCACGACAUCACACGAAACUUAUUCCAACUGGUGGUCGACGAGAUUCACCUGUUCAUCCCUUAUUGCAGUUAUUCUAUAAUACUGAAGAGGAACAAUGCAAAGAAGGGGAUCAUACAGAAGAUCAGAGUGAUAUGUAA